GUCGUCGUCGUCGGUGUAACACACACAAGUAAUGCAAUACUAGUUUGAAACUGAAUCCCAUACGGACCACAUCACCUCUGAGAGAGAGAAGGAAGCCAAAAGUCCUCUACGGGAUUUCACCCUAAAAAUCAGAGAACCUUUUGUCACAAAAAAAGCAGUGAGUGUUAUCCCACCUUCGAGUUAAUGAAGCCAGGAAACAACGAGGUAUCAAGAUAAAUCGUACGCGUGCUGCCCACGCAAAAAUUGAAUGCAUACAUACUGACCAGUUUUAUGCAAAUAACCCGAAAUAAUAAGGACAGUAUCAAAAAGGUCAUGCGAAAUAUAUAGUAUGCGACCAAAUAAGUCGUAAUUUUGUCCAUUUUUGGGACAGAUUGACAUUUGAGACUAAUUGAACCCAGGGAAUAUAUGUACGUAGUGUUGACUAAAUCUGUUAAGAGUACGGGAUUUGCAAUGGGAAAUCACCUCUAGCCAAAAAGUGCUACCAUUUUAGAUCGAAGAAGUUCUACACGUCUGUGCCGUGGAUGAUUUAAGAACCUGUGGGAAAGUUGAGACUGAGAGAAAAGUUAAAGUGACUCGCUAAAAUUUUGACAUUCCUGAAAGUGUGCUGACUUGAAUUCUGGUAUUUUCGAGUAAUUCAAGCUACAAGGGACGGAGAGGAAUCAAGGAAAUUAAGAUAUUUCCAUAAUUAGUUAUUAACAAGAAAGAUCAGCAAAUCGGCAGAGAAAAUGAAGUUGGUCUUCGUAACGGGCGUGGUGGUGCAGUUUCUCACAUUUCUUUUAUUCGAAGUGGACACAAAUCAGCAUCACGUAAAAUCUGGGGGAGGAGAUCAGUAUCUUAUGCGACCCAGACCUGCGAAAGGUUUUCUAGCCGUUACAAAAUUGCAGGAAGUCCCCGGCAGUAAGUAUGAUCCGAAGCCAGAAGAUCUGGACGUGAGGCAACUAAGGAUUAAAAUGGGCAAAAAUUUCGACCCUGAAGUAAUGAGCAUACGAAAACCGCACGAUCUUGCGUCUCAUCCAAACGGCACGGUCAAAUUCCCAUUCAAGCGAAAUAAGAAGGGUCGAUUAGUUCCGACGGGCGAGUCUGCCCAGAUUCCAAAGGCAAUUAAGAAAUUGCAAUAUGGAGCUCUCUCACUUCCGGACGGGACAAAGCUGAGGACAAGAUUAAAUCCUAAACUGAGAAGAAAACUGGUCCAGUUUUUGUGGGCUUAUACAUCUUGUCCAGUGUAUGAGAAAUGGAGAGAUCUUGGUUCUAGAUUUUGGCCAAGAUGGCUCAAAGAAGGUCACUGUUACACCGAACGCUCAUGUUCUAUUCCACCAGGGAUGAGUUGUAAACCUUCGGCAGCAGAAUAUAAGAUCCUGUUAAGAUGGCAUUGUCAAGAUUACGACAAGGCGAAAAAAUGCAGAUGGGCAGUCAUUCGUCACCCGAUUGUGACGGCAUGUUCUUGCGAAUGCUCCAACAAAGUAUCUAACGACGACUAUGACGAAGACGACUUUUAGCAAUCUAAAUUAGGUAUUAUUAUUAUUAAGAAAUUUUGUAUCUUCGUCAUCCAUGUUUGAAUAUUUCUGUAUAUAUUCGGAUAUAUCUUGUACUCGCUAUUACUUGGCCUAGAUGUGUAUAAAUAAUGUGUAUCAUUAUCAUGCCGUAAUUAAUUAAGUUGCGAUCGAUAUAAGACAAAUGCCUGGACAGAAGCUAUUUAUGAAACUCUGUGAUUCACAAAGUUUCAGUAUUUAAUUUAAUUUGAUAAAUAGUUACAAUUUUUUUUAUUCCCCACCCUCUUUGACGAGGCAGCUCUCUGACUACUCUCCAUUUUAAUGAUAAAUACAUAUCCAGCUGUACAUAAAUAUUCAUGACAAAAUUGUGAUUCAAACGAUAUGUACAUAACAGGAAAGGAAAUAGUAUUGCAACUUUUUAAAUGUAGGACAUGUUGUUGCAAGUUCCGAAAUAGAAUAAAAAUGACGAGCAGAAGAGGCUAUUAAUUUAAUUUGCACAUGAAUACUCAUUAAUAAUUUUAAGAAAUAUAAAUACUUAGAAGAGUUGUAGAUAUUUUGCCAAUGAUUAUUUUUUAAACUGCUUUAAAUAACUGUAUUUUUUCAAUCUCCAAUUCUAAAAAAUGUAUUCACUGCAAAGAACAAAGACUGUUUAGUGAUAAGAAUAAAACGGAAGUGUGAGUGUAAUUGAAGGAAUCUGUGGUAUUGUCACUUGGAUGGCUUUAAAAUUUAUAAAAUAUUGUCGAUUCUAUUAAUAAUUAAUAAUUUUUGUAGUAGUAAAAUCUGAAUAAUUUAGCAACCCUGCGAGUACCGUAUGUGAAUGGAAAUGGACAACUUUUUAUGACAAAGAUCUCUGAUUGAAUUGAAAUCAAUUUGUUACUGUUAUUAUUAUUUUUCAAAUGUAUGUAUAUAAAUUACGAAUUUGGUUUUUAGU